CUACAUUUAAACAAUAUAGUGAAGUAUUACUGGGAGAAUAUUAUCAUAGAUAUUUAUUAUGUUACACUAUCUUUUAACCAUUGAAUAUAUUCAACUUAAUUUAUAUUAACUAUGGUGAUAAAUAUCUUUACUGUAUAAACAUAGUUUCAAUUUGAUUUCUAUUGGAAUAUUAUAGGAAUACAGUGUAUUUGAUUUUAACUUGUAUUUUUAUCAAUGACUACACAACAGACAUUUUUUCGACGAAGACGUUCAUCAUCUUUGUCAACAAUAAAUACUAAUUAUUCAGAUGAUGAAGAUUUUUGGUCUGCAUGUUCUUCAAGAAAAACAUCAAAAGAUUCAGAAUAUAAGAAAAAAAUAAGUUUGUCAGCAGUUCAAUCAGCUAAUGAAUUACAUCUUAUGAAUCCAAAUGAUAUAUCAAAUGAAAUUGAGUAUUCACGUGAAACUUUAUACAACUACAAUGAAUCACACACAGUGAGAGAAUCUAGAACAAACUCUUACCAAUUCGAUAAUAUUAUGUGUCGACGACAAUCAGUUAGUUUACCUGGAUUUCAUGAAGGAUUGAAUACUGGCAAAUUAGUGUCAAGAUUAAGUUUAGUUGGCGAUGAACUUGAAGAGAAUUUAAAGAAUGUUAGAAUCUCAAAUGAGAUAAGCAGCAAAAGAAGAUGGACUAUUUUUGAUUGUUCAACAUCAAAACCAGAAUGAUACUAAUGAUAAUAAUCUACUUUAUAAACAAUGAAGAUUUGAAUAUAACGUCAGUAACUGAAUCACUCUGUGUAUGCAUAACUUUAUUGAACUGUCUUUCAUAUAAACUGUAUUUUAAAUUAACUUUAUUCGUGCACAAUAAUGUAAAAAGGGAACUAAUGAAUCAUUUGUAUUCUUCCAUGCUCACAAAAUAUACUCCAUUCUAUCAGUAAUAAAUCUAAUAUACUUUUUUUAUUAAGCUUUAACCAUAACAAUAUGAACAAACUUAUCAAUUAUGUCCUGUAUAAAGUCAAAUAGUUAAUAAUAAGUAAUGAAUAUUGUACUUUCC